GGGGGGGGGGAGGAAAAAGGGGGGGAAAAAAAGGAAUUGGCAAUGACAGCCGAAGUUGUUGCAGACUGUUGGUUUGACUGCUGAGGAGGACGUGAGUGAGAGAGAGAGAGCGCUGUUGCACACACAAAACCACAGAGAGAACCCACAAUUUAACCAACAUCCCCAAACCCAAGUUUUCAGCUGUGGACCUUUUAGCCUCAGAGCUUGCGAUCGGCUGCGACCUUUCUUUAAAUUGAUGAAAGACGUUAUACCAAAGACAAGUACAAAGAUAGAGGUUUCAAGCUUGAACGCCAUGCACUGAGCUUUUCUUUUCGCUUUUCUUUUUUUUUUUUCUUUUUGCGCAAGAAUGAUUGGAAGGUCGUGAACAUGAGUACUCUUAGAGCAACGCCAACCAAACUACUGAAGCUGAUUUUCAAGGCUGCUUAAAAAAAAAAAGUCUCGCGGAGAACAUUAAUGGAUUCCUGUUGUGUUUAAAUUCUCUACAGAUUAUACUGUAAAUAUUUUAUGAAGUACAGUAUAUGUGUGUGUGCGUGCGUGUGUGUACGUGAAUACAUAUAUAUAUACCGUUGUAGCCAGCUGACCUUUGAUCAGAAAGUCUAGCUCGCGUACUGCCUUCUCUGAAGACUGACCCCGAAUCUCCCUCUCUUAAAGAGCGACUCUUGCCUACGGAAGACGCUGAUGUAUUUUGUUUUCUCUUGGGACUGUAGAGAAAUCACCUGGAAGAAGCCGAUAGGCAACUGACUCUCUGGGAAGCCCGGGCUUUGCAUGUGUUUCUGACCGCGUCUCAUAUUUGACUUGCCUAAUUUUUUCCACGGCGCUCGGGAGUUUGGAAGGAGCUUUCCCCCCGCGGUAACUUUUCGCGUGACGGCCGCAGACUAGAUGCCCAGGCGUCGCGGUAAAGCCCCGCACGGACGACCCUUUCGCUUGUCGGAUUAACGUGAUCUGUUCCGCCGCGCCAGGAAGCCAAGAGUUAAGUCUCGGCGCGCUCGCUAUCUCAGCCGCCUUCAGCAAAAAAUUAACUUGGGGGACUGGCGUAGAAACAAGUUUCCCCCGGGUCCUCAGCCUGUAUCCGUUUAUGUUGGUCCCCAGAGAGCAGAUCGCUGAAGAGUUACGCUCGUUUGGCUGUUUUGUAAAAACUCUGUGGAGGUCUUUCACUCAAAAGGCUUGUUGUGAUGCGUAUCCCCGUAGAUACCAGCACCAGCCGCCGCUUCACGCCGCCCUCCACCACGCUGAGCCCGGGGAAGAUGACCGAGCCGCUGCCGCUGCCCGGCGCCGAGCACAGCGGCGCCUUGCCGGGGAAGCUGCGCAGCACCGACCGCAGCAUGGUGGAGGUCCUGGCCGAUCACCCCGGGGAGCUGGUGCGCACCGACAGCCCCAACUUCCUCUGCUCCGUCCUGCCCACCCACUGGCGCUGCAACAAGACGCUGCCCAUCGCCUUCAAGGUGGUGGCCUUGGGAGAUGUGCCUGAUGGGACGCUGGUAACGGUGAUGGCUGGAAAUGAUGAAAACUACUCUGCAGAACUCAGAAACGCCACAGCCGCGAUGAAAAACCAAGUAGCAAGGUUCAAUGACCUCCGAUUCGUGGGUAGAAGUGGAAGAGGGAAAAGCUUCACGCUGACUAUCACGGUCUUCACAAAUCCACCACAAGUAGCCACAUACCACAGAGCCAUCAAGAUAACAGUGGACGGACCUCGCGAACCCAGAAGACAUCGUCAGAAAAUAGAUGAGCAGACAAAGCCCGGGAGCUUGUCCUUUUCAGAGCGCCUGAGUGAACUGGAGCAGUUGCGUCGUACGGCCAUGAGGGUCAGCCCACACCACCCAGCCCCCACACCCAACCCACGAGCCUCCUUGAACCACACCACUGCUUUUAACCCUCAGCCUCAGAGUCAGAUUCAGGACACAAGGCAAGUACAGCCAUCUCCGCCGUGGUCCUACGACCAGUCCUACCAGUACCUGGGCUCCAUUGCCACCCCCUCCAUGCACCCCGCCACGCCGAUAUCACCCGGCAGGGCCAGCGGCAUGACAUCCCUCACCGCAGAGCUUUCAAGCCGGCUGUCAAGUGCUUCUGACUUGACUGCGUUCAGUGACCCCCGGAUGGGAAUCGACCGCUCCCUCUCCGCGCUCCCCUCCAUCUCCGACCCUCGGAUGCACUACCCGGGAGCGUUCACCUACACGCCAACGCCCGUCAGUUCAGGGAUAGGAAUCGGUAUGUCUGCCAUGUCCACGGCCACGAGAUACCACACUUACCUCCCGCCUCCCUACCCCGGCUCGUCGCAGGCCCAGGGCAGCCCGUUCCAGACCACCUCGCCCUCCUACCACCUCUACUACGGAACCUCCGCCGGCUCCUAUCAGUUCUCCAUGAUCUCGGGGGGAGACCGGUCCCCCCCGCGCAUCCACCCUCCCUGCACCAACGCUUCCACGGGAUCGACGCUCCUCAACCCCAACCUCCCCAACCAAAGCGAUGUGGUCGAGGCCGAAGGGAGCCACAGCAACUCCCCCACUAACAUGGCAACCACGGCGCGGCUAGAGGAAGCGGUGUGGCGACCAUACUGAUUGAAUUCUAAGUAGUUAUGGGUCAGGACUAACGUGCUUUCCAUUUCCCAGUGCCCGUAGGUUUCCCAUAAACACCCGUCUUGCUUACGGGCCCUGCCAUGCUCAUACAUCACUUUCAGAAGCAAAACCUCCAGAAGUCAGCGCUCCCGGGAGUGGUGGCGCGUAUUAGCCAGCCCCUGGCGAAGCGACGUCGCUCCAGCAAAGGAUCCCUUGCCGGGGGGCUGAGCUUCUGGAAAGGAGGACACCUGAGUUGGUGGUCCGGAGGUAGUGAGGGUGGGUAGAAAGGUACCCAGUCUGUUUCCAGGCCCGUGGCUUUCUAACGUGCCUGGGCUUGAAGGUCUCCACAGCCCUAAAGAGAGUUUCGGUUCACUUCUAUUUUUAAGACUUAAAACAUAAAAAAAAAAAAAAAUCUUAGUGAGUUUACUGCAUCUUAUGGACAUAUUAGCUGUAAGGAAGUAUAGGAAGAUUCCCAGAGGGAAACUGUGAACGCUUCUGUUUUAGCAAUGCUGUGAAUGAGAGGUUUUAUAUGUCGGACUUUGUUCUUUCUUUUUUUUUUUUUUUUUUUUUUUUUUUUAAACCAUGUUGUAUAUUCCAAAGAAUAUGGAAUUUUUUAUUGCUGGGGGUUUUUUGUUUUGGUUUGGUUUGGUGUUUUUUUCGUUUGGUUGGUUGGUUUUUAGGAUGCAGCUCAUCCUGCUUUGCAUCUAAUUUGUUUUAUUUCUCUUGGCACCUUAUAAAUUGCAAAGAAAAAGAUUUUGCUCUGUUUUUCGUUUUAAUCAUGCUUGCUUCUUUCUUGCUUUGUCAACCGAAAGAAUCAGCCCCUUUUUCAAUGAGUUAAUUUAACUUUUUUCUCUUGGACUUUUUUUUUAAUACAACGGCUACAGCCUUGGGUCAUUUUCAACUACUGUACUACUUUGAUGAUUUCAUUGAUAUUUAUGCUUGAUAUUUAGACUUUUCUUAUUUGUUGAUACUAUUAUUAUUUAAAUAUGCCUAUAUUAAAAAAGAUCAGCAAUUGCCUUUUUUUGGUAGCAGCCAAAGUCAAAUUUAUCACAUUGAAAAAGGCUGGAAUAACGAUGGGUAAAGUGACCUCUUAAUUACCUAGACAUAUUGUUUACAAUUAUCUCACUCUCAUUUUACUCAGCCAACAAGGCUCAGAUCCUCAAAGGCAUUUAGGUGCCCAACUCCCACUGAAAUGAUUUAGGCACCAAAAUCCCUGUGAAUUUCUGUGCCUUCCCACCCAGUGGAGCCACCUCUCCCUACUCCUUCCUCGCUUUUCCUUCGUCACCAUGGUGACCCUCAGGAUCAGUAAUCAGGAUGUACAUAUUUCAUCAGGCAGACUCGAUAUUCCCUAACUAAAUACAUCCCCCAUAUGGCCCCAUUCUGCUCCAGAGCUUGCCUGGGCUUCCUAACAGCGCCGGUGGAGGCCUCUUUCAAAAGUGAAAGCCAACACGCAGUUAGCAUGGCAAGGGUGAAGUCCUGGCUCCGAUGGAGUCGGUGUGAGAGAUUUGCUCUCAGCUCAGCAGAGCCAAGACUUCUGCGCAGUGCAGAAGCCACGUUCCAGCGCGCUGGAAAAUAGAUCAGUUCGUACAUCACAAAAUAACUCGCACUGAACAGGGUUGUCAAGCUCAUAUGGAAAGCAGGCUAGCAAAGAAGGGGCCUUAACAGUUCUUCUGUCACCAUCUUCUGAGGGAAGAGGAAGGGUAUGUAAAACUGGCGCACGCAGUAUUCUGUCCUGUAGCAAAUAUGCAAGGCUUAUAACUAACAGCAUGUUUAAUACAGAGUCGUCAUCGUUGCCCAUCAUUACAGCACAAACAUAUCAGAUGUCACUGUAAAGUUUAUGGCACUAUUUUAUUUGAGGGUUUGGUCUGAAUGCAGUUGUUGUACUACUCGUUAAUUACAAACUGCUGAUGUUGACACAUGUACGUUCCAAAUUAGCUGAUUAUUAUUUAAUGUACCUCUUAAAUGAGUGAAACAAUUGCAGGUCAACUCAGAGAGUAUUUGAAAGCGGGACUUCAGAUCAGUGUUUGAUGUUUAAAAAAAAUUAAAAGGAUUCAAAUUAAAAAGAUCCUUGGCUGCAGGCAGCAAAACAGCUGGACUUAUUUAAAACCAUUUGUUUUUCAAGUUUUCUUUUUUUUUUUAAAUAUGAUUUUGCUUCUUUGUUUAAGUCAGAUGCAGUAGCACUUUGGUAUUGAAAAGUUACAAAUUGAAGAAUUUACAUUGUCAAUAAGGUCAUUUUUAUGCAGAAAAUAGGGAGUGUUUCAAGAGAUCUCAGCAAAAGUUCAAAAUGUUUCUGUUAAAACACAUGCAUGGCCUUGUGCUUUUCAUUUCGUAUAAUAUUCUUUAUAAUUUUCUAGAGUUUGCUCUGAACAAAAAAAGGCAGAAAAAAUCAAAAUUACAUCAGAACAGUUAAAAAUAUAUUUUGGAAGUAUGGAGACCUCGCUCAAUAUGGAAAUACAGAGACCCUACCUGCUGUGACAUUUACAUAGUUGGAAUCUCACCUCUUCAGUAGCCUAAAAAAAAGUCCUUCACCACUAAACAGUAGCUCUGUUGCAGAAUCCAUCUUACGCAUUCCCUGUCGCCGUGCAAUUAAAAAUCACCACUUACUACAGCUCUCACACCUGCCCUGUGACUGGACCACCCAAGUGCGUAGCACUGGCAGCGGGCAGGGCUGCCGCGGCCGGCUGACGCCAGCCCAGGGGCGGAAGCGCGGCCGGUGCGGCUGGCCCGCUCCCGGGCCUGCCUGUCGCCACAGCUCCCUGCUUUCUGCUACAGCCCUCUGCCCCUUUUCGCCCGUAGGAGCGUCCUACCCGCUCUGGAAACUACGGGGUCAGGGAUUCACAAGAACGGGGAGUUGGCACCUCUGAGCCUGGAGAUUAGACCCUACACUGAACGUUCCUUACGUCCACGCUUCCUUACGCUUGUCCUAACGGUGAAGUUUUGUCCUUACUUCCUUUACACUUGUCCUAAAGGUGAAGUUUAAUUUUACUCUCCCUGGUGUGAACAGGAUGCGAAACUUCAGAACCGAUCACCACACUUACCCUGUGUCAUUACUGACAUGUCUCAAAAACCUGGGAUUUCCCAGGGUCUCGCUUGUCAUAAUUGCCACCAGCUAAACUUUUGACUCUAACCUCUCCGUGCACGUCAAGCACAGCCCAAAGCAGCACCCUCUUUACAGAGGAAGAGUUAAGUUCAUUAUCCCCCCAAUUAGUCUGUUUAAUCACUGUGGGUUUCACUGUAUUCACACAAGUGCCACAGAGUAACCACAGUUUCUCAAAUCUGUAUUUUUGUAGCUAUCCCCUGUCCCACUAAGGACAGCCAAGAUCUUCAAGGCUGUAAAAACACUCCCGUGCUGUUCCUCUUGUAUCUUAAGAGCACUUAGCAGGCAGAAAGAGGACAUUUGGGUAGAACAUUUUCCCCCAUUCACCCGUCUCCAAAUUGUAGUAUAUAAGUAUAUAUUUUUUUAUAUAUAUAUUAUAUAUAUAUAUAUUUAUAUAGUUUUAUCAUCCCGGUAGCCAAAUGGAGUCAAAACCAAACUACUGUGCUUCUGUUUGCCAGUUGCAGUCAGCAGAGUGCCUUAGAUGCCUUCCCCUACCCAAACACAGGUAACGGCAGGCCUUACUAUCAGCUUGCGUGUUCCUUUCACAAGACACAACUCAUUGUCCAGGUGCAGCCGUAUCAAACGACCUCCAAAUCAAUACAGGGCCCGGCUCUCGUUUGCUCUCAGGCCCGCUGCUUUGCUCUCAGAUGACAUUUAUGCUGACUCCAAGAGCUCCUGCUACACUUCCAGGGCGAGGUACAGGAGCUUUAGCGCAAGGGGGAGGCGGAUGCAGAGCACAGCCCAGCUAUGAAGGAUCUGAUUUGUAGAAUUACGCCAAAUUAUCUGCUGGAAAGGAGAAAAACCCUUUCCUUCAAAUGGCCCACAGUCUUUGUCAGUGUUCCGAAUUGCCUGCACUCUUGAAACAUUCAUUACUGCUUUCUGGGUGACCUUUUCCGUUGGUGUAUUUGAAGAUUCAGGAGAAGUGGAUCAUUUUUCUCUUUGAGCAAAACACUUGCUUGUUUUCCUGCAUUGUAACAAUUUUGUAUUUUAUUUUUGUUAACCUUGCUUGGUCAGUACCGAUCACUUGGCAUUUUUCUCCUUGUCCUAGAAGGGUUGCAUCAACAGAGUUACUUGUAUUUAUGUAUGUAAAUAGAUUUCAAAAGCUUCAUAGCAAAAUAUUUAGUGCUUGUAAUUACUCUGCAUUUUUUUUCACUUUUCUGUGUUUUUAAUGAACUUACCUUUGUGUUUGCUUAAA